AUGGAGGCCCAGCGGUAUCCCAUCAGUGUCCGUUUGAUUGGGGUGAUGCACAAGGAGAAGAGCAAAAUGUACAUGACCUCCGUGCUUUGGUCAGAUCAGAAUGACAUUGUUGUUUACAGAACCUUUCUCGAUUUCAAGAAAAUGCACAAACAAAUGAAGAAAAGGUUCCAAAAAACAAGUAAGCUGAAAAAAUCUGAAAGAAUCAUUCCCAAAUUUCAAGACAAGAAGAUGAAGCGGGGCGGCCGGAGGAAGGGUCCCACAAAAUCACUUGUGCGCCUGAAGUUCCUGCAGAAGUACUGCAACGAGCUUCUGAGCUGCAACCCGCAGGUCGGUCAGUCUGCAGACCUCAUCCAGUUCUUCCAACCCAAAGACCAGGACCUGCAGCCGGAGUUCGCGAAGAACAGCAUCAUGAUCAUGCCAUCAGACGACGAAAUCGGGGCAGACGCAGGGCACGGCAACGGUGGCAACGUGACUCAGCCGUUUGUCACAGAGACAUACCGAUGUGUGGCCCCGUACGAAACCAAAGACACCAAGAACAAACCUUUCAAAGUGGCGGUGGAUGAAAAAGUGGACGUACUGAUCAAAGACAAAGCAGGGUGGUGGCUUGUGGAGAGUGAGGACAAACGGAUGGCCUGGUUCCCUGCCCCCUAUUUGGAGAAGCUAGAUGAUGAUGAGGAGGGGGAUGAAGAUGACAUAGAUGAGACUCCUGAGAGAGCGCUGUACACCAGUAUCAAGAACUACAAGGCCACCAAAGAUGAUGAGAUAAGCAUAAGCAUCGGUGCGGUGGUGGAGGUCCUGCAGAAGUCUGACAACGGCUGGUGGCUCGUCAGAUACAGUGGUAAAGCAGGUUACAUCCCCAGCAUGUACCUGCGGCCCUACAAAUACCCCCAAAUCCGCAUGACAACCAACCAUCAAAAUCAGUGCGUCUCCUCCGCGCUCCCGCUCCCCACCUCGAUGCUGGGACGGUCCCACGAGCUCAGCCGCUCUCAGGGAGACAUGCUGCAGCUUCCACAGCCAGACAGCAAGCCGAGGUCGCACUCUCUUAGCAUUCUGUCUGAACAGCUCCCUCCUUGGUCUGCACCGAGUACCUCCGCUGCCAGCGUUUCCACCGCACCCGCCACUGGGAAACGCGCUCCUCCGCCCACCAUCAAGGUGGAGAUCGUCGGAGAGGAGGAACCACGUGGCACGACCGCGAGAGCAGAUAGCGAUGCAAGCUUUGUGAGCAGCAGCGGCAGCAGCAGCGACAUCAGCUUAAGUGACGACUUCAGCACCUCCUCAGCGAACUCGUCCCUCAACCUGAGCCGCAGCGCCACAGAUGAACGGCUGUGCCUCAGCCACACGCCUCCAGCCACGUUGGGCAACCGACUCAGUCCCACAAGCGGCCUCGAGGGGAAAAUAAUCCCCAGUGUCUCCGAUCCCAACCUCUACAAGGGGCCUACAACACCUAAGGUGCCACCCAGGCCGCGGGCUCAGGAGAUCCUCACCCGCUGCAGCACUGUCACCCGCAAGAAUGCAGCCAGAGGCGGUGCGUCACCCACACAAACUGAGAUACUGAGCCGAUGAAGUUUCUAUUGACAUAAAGGUUAGCUUUAUUUUGUAGUCUCGCUCCAGCAUUGGUCUAUUAGGGAUGGAGUUCUGCUAAUUACAACUGCUAGUGAGAUUUGUUUAAUGAUUGAUUAGGAAAGUAGUAAGACCGCAUUCAGAAAAAUAGCUAGAAUUGAGAGUUACAUCAUCAUAUGCCUUGAGAGGAAUGUGGGAAUAAGUAAUCGUAAUUCAGCGGUCUGUAAAACUGAAUAGAAAAGUGACAGUUUUGUUAAUGUUGUCUGCCAUGUGUAAUGUGCAUGUGUACAACUUUCACAAAAUUUGCUAAAUUUAAUAGCCUUAGACGUAUAAACAAGACGAUUGAUCAAGAUACACUAAACAUUCAUAACUCACCUCUUUACUAUUGGUUUUGAAUGAUGGUUUAUUUUCCAUACUGGAAACCUUGUGUUGUGCCUUAUAUGCAUUUUCACUGUGCCCCACGCACAGAGUGAUUGAAAAACAGGUUUACACCAAACCCCACGUUAAGAAUGGAUGUGUGUAAUUAACACUGAACACACACCCCAGAUUAAACCAUGUAAAUUCUGCU